GGAAGAUCUACCCUGGCACCCAGUGGCCAAAGAGGAGAUGUCCCUGAGAAUGAUCUGCAUGGAAGACUUUAUAUCAACCGUGUUUUUCAUAUCAGCGCUGAGAGAAUGUUUGAAUUGCUCUUCACUAGUUCUCGGUUUAUGCAGAGAUUUUCCAAUUCUAGAAAUAUAGUAGAUGUAGUAUCUACGCCUUGGACUGUAGAACCUGGAGGCAAUCAGCUGAGAACCAUGAACUACAAUAUAGUCCUUAAUAAUCCACUUACUGGAAAAUGCACCUCUGCCACUGAGAAGCAGACACUAUAUAAAGAAAGUCGAGAAUCAUGUUUUUAUGUGGUGGAUGCGGAAGUAUCAACACAUGAUGUCCCCUACCAUGAUUACUUUUAUACUUUGAACCGAUACUGUAUCAUCCGAUCUUCAAAACAGAAAUGCAGGCUAAGAGUUUCCACAGAUGUGAAAUAUAGAAAACAACCCUGGGGUCUUAUAAAAUCUUUAAUUGAGAAGAAUUCCUGGAAUUCACUGGCGGAUUAUUUUAAGCAGCUUGAAUCAGAUUUGUUAAUGGAAGAAUCCAUAUCAAGCCAGUCUAUUGAAGAUCCUGCAAAACUUAGUGGGCUACGAAGGCGAAGGAGAACAUUCAACCGAACGACAGAAAUUGUUCCUAAACUGUCUUCUCAGCGGUCUUCCGGAGAUUUGGGCUUAGAUGUCAAAGGGGAUAUUACAGAAAAGAAAAAAGAAAUAGAAAGCUAUUACACUACUCUUAUUGUGGUCAUGAGUAUUUUUUUGCUAUUGCUAGUUUUGUUGAAUGUGACAUUAUUUAUGAAGCUGUCGAAGAUAGAAUAUGCUGCUCAAUCAUUUUACCGUCUCCACGUCCAAGAAGAGAAAUCGCUGAAUUUAGCCUCUGAUAUGGUGUCAAGAGCAGAAAAUACUCAAAAGAAUAAAGAUCAUGCUCAUCGUUUAAAAGGAGUGCUCCGAGAUUCCAUAGUGAUGCUUGAACAGCUGAAGAGCUCUCUGGUUAUGCUUCAAAGAACCUUUGACCUACUAAAUAAGAACAAGACUGGCAUGGCUGUCGAAAGCUAG